GAGCAGGGGAGCGGCACAAAAUCGCGCAGGUCUUCGUUCGCGGGGUUGAGCAGAUAGUCGUCUGCUCGCACUUUUCGUUUGGCAGCAGUAGUGAACGCUAUCUCGAAUCCGAGGUCACUCUACUGUUUACCGAGUUCUGGUUUGCUCUUUGAAAUUUCGACCCUAAAUGAAGCCUCCUCAGUAUCAUUUGGUUGCCGGUCCGAUCAGUCACGAGUAGCAGACGACUUUGAAAAGUUGUUCUAUUUUUUGUUCUCUUUGGGAAGGAAAAGAAACAGAAACUACCUUAUGAUUCGAAAUCACCUGAUAGGAAUUCCUAUUGUGAAAGUUUUUUUCGUUUAGUGCUGUGUGUGCAGCGAGCGCGCAACAAGUGUUCGGCAACUUUUCCCAGUAGUAAGUUCGUGUUUGCGAAAUCGAAUCUAGUUGUUUAACUUCUGCGUUGCUAAAUGUGCCGUUGCUUCUAUGUUAUUUAUUAUGGAAUGUUAAACGCAACUCAUAAAAUAUGUUGCAUGUUUUUAUAAAGAGGUAGGUGCUCACUGUUAGUUCCAACUGCCUCGCGAUUGUUUAUCUUGAGAAAUAUUUUUGUUAAAAAAAAAUCUGACUUGAUUCAAUUAAUUAUUGGCGUGUGAUAUUUAUUUUAUUGUGUAACGCUCAUUAUAAUUCACAAAAUCAUAGUCAAUUUUUAAUUAAUUUAUAUCUUAUCGGUGUUGAUAAAACAACGUGUACAGAAUCCGAUAAAUAUUUUUAUGCAAAAUUCUGUGUGUUAAAUGAAUAUUUAUAUAAGCAUUAUAAAUGCAAACAAGGAAAUUUGAAACAGAAACAAGUGAAAAAUCGCUCAAUUUGUUUUUGAAAGAGUAUUAUUUAUUUGGAAAGUAUUUAAACAGCAUAAAUAUAUUAAAAAGAAUUCCAUACGUAUGUUCUGUGUCAUUUAUAUAUUUUUGGUUGUGAUUUUUUCUCUUUAAUUAAUUAAUGUGAUAAAAUGUUAAAAUUAUUAGCUGCUGAUAAUUUAAUGAUUGACUUCCGUGCCAAAUAUGCGAAACAGUUUUGUUGAAUCGGUAGUCAUUGCUCCAUUAAUAAAUCACAUAAAACGAAAGAAUAUUAUUACUUAAUAACACUGACAAUUAUUGAUUGUGAGUGUAUAUGGGAUUCUAUGUAAUAUUUGAACUGCUGCUAAAUCUUCAAAUGAAAUUUCAUAAAUUGUGUGAUUGUAUAUUUACCAAUUAAAACUUGCAGACUAAAGCAGUUUUAUAAGUUUAUCAUUUACGUUAUAUUUGGAAUGGCUUCAAUUUGAUGUUUCAUAGAAUUCAUUCUUGUGAAAUAAUUGCUCAAUCAUUGGCUUCCACUGAAACAAUUUUGGUACUCGCAUUCAAUUUACGCACAAUUUUCUCACCAAUUUUCUAUAAAGUGAAUUUCAAAAAUAUAUAAGAAAGUUAGUUCAACUUAUUUCCACAUGCUAUGCAAAUUACCAAUAUCUGAAUUUCGAAGACGAACUAUCAUUCCGGAUAAAGUUUUAAAGCAUAUUAAGUGCCAUGUCAAAACCUGAAUGUUCCUUGCAUUUUCAUUCCUUACCUUAUCAACCUUCCAAAGAAACUCAUGAGUAACCCACUAGUUAAUCCGCUGGUCACUUUACUACUACUAUGUUACGUGUGCCGAGUGUCUGUUAUGGCAGCCAACAAUCUGACUGUUGGUUACUUAGCCAACAUCUAUGGCUACCAUGGCAAAAACAGACAAGGUCACAUCAUCAGCGGUGCUAUGACCUACGCUGUGCAGCAAGUUAAUGAUCAACAUGUUCUGCCAGACAAUUACACCCUGGAAUUUAUAUUUGAAGACACGAAGGGUGAAACUCUUCAAGGUACUAAUGCCGUCAUCAAUAUGUGGCGUAAAGGUGUGAUAGCCUUUUUCGGACCAGAGAACUCUUGCGAAGUUGAGGCUACCGUUUCAGCUUCCCUCAAUCUUCCAAUGAUAUCUUACAAAUGUGCAGAUAAUGCAGACAAGGAUGAUAUAGCUAACAAGGAUUACAAAGAACAUUUCGCUCGAACGUAUCCUCCAAAUACAAAGAUAUAUACAACUCUCAUAUACAUUGCAAAUAGAAACUUAGCGGUCACCAGUUCCGUCUACGAGCUACUUCGUUAUUACAAAUGGUACAAAUUCUCCAUCAUCUUUGACAGCUCUGAACUGUACGAUGCCGUAUAUCGGAGCCUGGAGCGGGGCCUCCGUGAGCCUUUUGUCAUCACGAAUAGGGCAAGUUUUCAGAAUACCCGAAUCUGUUGUUACAACAAAAUGGAGAAGAAUUGCUGCUUUGAUCCCUUUGUGAAAAUAGUGCAAAAUACUUCUACCAACACCAGAAUUUAUGUAUUCUUGGGAGACAAGACUGAUCUCGGUAAAUUUCUUACUGCCCUUCAAGUUCGUGGUCUUCUAGUCACCGGAAAUUACAUGGUUUUAUACAUAGAUAUAGAAAGCUAUACAGAAGACAUGGCUCACAAGUAUUUCAGAUUACACGAAAUCGGCGGUGAUGAAACGGUGAUGAUGGCUGCGCAGUCUCUACUCGUCCUGGUGUCAACUCCCCCUCGUGGAGAUAAGUACCAAGAAUUCCAGGACAAAGUGAGGGAAUACAAUGCCGAAGAACCUUUCAAGUUCAAGGCCUCUGAGAUAUUCGAUGAAGGCUACGUUGCGCACAUCACUCCUUAUGCUUCUUACUUAUACGAUGCUGUGACAUUAUAUGCUGAUGCCCUUGCAAAAGCCUUGAGGAACGGAACUGAUCCUAGGAAUGGGAAAGAAAUCAUGAGAAUAUUUCGAGAAAGAACACAAUACACAAGUGUAACGGGUGCUAUCAUGCGUAUAGAUAAAGAAGGUGGAGCUGAAGGUAACUACACCAUCCUCGCCUGGCAACCGACACCCGAAAAUUUGAAACUGAAAAUGCCUUCAGGAUAUCCCACACCACGAUACUGCAUGUUACCUGUGGGACGAUUUUAUGCCGUCGACAACAGAGAACUGAGGUUUAAACUGGAGAAGGAUAUCCUAUGGGUAAACCAAGAUAAACCUCCAGCAGACGAACCGCCUUGUGGCUUCGAUGGAACAGGUUGCUCUGCGACACCUGAUCGAUUGAGGGAAUAUGUAUUAGCUGGUUUAUCUUCGAUACUCGUCAUUUUAACCUUCAUUAUUUUCAUGGUCUACAAGAAUUGGAAAUACGAACAAGAAAUCGAUGGUUUGCUCUGGAGAUUAGAACUGGAGGACAUCCAAGGCUGUGGCCAGGAAGGGACCUGCCUCGUACAUUCUGCUAGUAAGAUGAGUCUGGUGAGCCACGUGUCUAUUGAGUCGAAAAUGAUGGAACAGAUCUUUACUCGCACCGCCGUUUACAAGGGAGCCAUUGUGGCUUGCAAGCAGCUGAGGUUCAGCAAAAAGAUAGUCGAUAUUUCACGGAAAACCAAGAAAGAGAUGAAAAUAAUGAGAGAAAUGCAUCACGAUAACAUAAACCAAUUCAUCGGCGCAUGCGUGGAUCCUAAUUGUGUCCAUGUAGUUACAGAAUACUGUUCAAAAGGAAGCCUGCAGGACAUUUUGGAAAACGAUGAUAUGAAAUUAGAUAACAUGUUCAUAGCAUCAUUGGUGUUUGAUCUUAUAAAGGGUAUGAUUUUUCUCCAUGAGAGUGAUCUGAAAUUCCAUGGCAACCUGAAGUCUUCAAAUUGCGUGGUGAGCAGUAGAUGGGUUUUGCAAGUCACGGAUUUUGGUCUCCACGAACUGAGAGCUGCCUCAGAAACGGGAUCCGUGGCUGAACACCAAUACUUCAGAAACCUUCUAUGGAAAGCACCUGAAUUGCUGAGAUUCCCUGCUGUGAAUCCCUAUGGUACGCAGAAAGGUGAUGUGUAUGCGUUUGGAAUUAUUCUGCAUGAGAUCAUUGCAAGACAAGGCCCAUUUGGAAGUACGGACCUUACACCUCGAGAGAUCAUUCAGCGUGUCAAACAAGUGGACAAAGAACCCUUUAGGCCACCUCUUCACGAUGUUCAGUGCCAAGAUUACAUAGUAAAUGCCAUGACUGAUGCUUGGCAUGAAAGGCCCGAGAACAGACCAGAUUUUCAUCAUCUAAAGGAAAGACUUCGCAAGAUGAGAGAAGGCAUGAAGUCUAACAUAAUGGACAAUAUGAUGGCAAUGAUGGAGAAAUAUGCUUAUAAUUUAGAAGAAUUGGUGGAUGAACGGACGGUUGCUCUUGUGGAAGAAAAGAAAAAGACGGAGGCUUUACUUCACAGAAUGUUGCCAAAAUCUGUGGCAAAUCAGUUGAUGAGGGGCGAGCCAGUAAUCCCAGAAUCGUUCGAUGCUGUCACGAUCUAUUUCAGCGAUAUCGUCGGAUUCACCGAAAUGUCCGCCAGCAGCACUCCAAUGGAGGUAGUAACGUUUUUAAAUGAUUUGUACACUGUGUUUGAUGACAUCAUCAGCCAUUAUGAUGUGUACAAAGUGGAGACAAUUGGCGAUGCUUACAUGGUAGUGAGUGGUCUCCCUAUCCGAAAUGGUGACAACCACGCUGGCGAGAUUGCUUUUAUGGCGCUUGAGUUAUUGGAAUCGAUCAAAACUUUUAAGAUCCGACACAAGCCUAACCAAAAACUCAAACUCAGGAUAGGCAUGCAUACAGGUCCUGUUUGUGCUGGGGUCGUGGGUCUCACCAUGCCAAGAUAUUGCCUUUUUGGAGAUACUGUGAACACAGCAUCAAGAAUGGAAUCAAAUGGAGAAGCUCUUAAAAUCCACAUCAGUCCCCAGUGCAAAGAAUAUCUAGAUAAGUUAGGAGGUUAUUAUACAGCUGAUAGAGGACUGGUGAAAAUGAAAGGUAAAGGUGAAGUGCAUACUUAUUGGCUGUUAGGACACGACAAAGGCCCCAAGAAACGGACUAAUUCAGCGUCAGAUUCCAUACCAGCCCAACCGCUCUUCAAUGUUCAACGUGACGAAAACAUCAGGCGUCGCAGUCCUAAACUGAACGAUCUUGGACGUCGUGGCUCAUUGGCUGGUCGUAGGAAUAGCUCAUUCGUCAACUGCUCGGAGGAUCCUCCUCCUUCUCCUGGUGGCGUUCCCGUCUUUUUACGUCUAUCCUCGGAUAGUCCAAAAUCACCAAAGAGAUUCAGCUCAUUCGGAAAAGGAGACCCCAACAAGCUUCUUAAAGUUCGAGAUCCAGAUUCUAAUAGUUGGUAUGGAAGUGCGUCUGCCAGUAGUUGUGGCGAGUUGUACAACAUGGACAAAUCUGAACCCGAUACGCCAAGGAAACCCAAACUGGAGAGUAUAGGAUCUGAGGACUGCGACCACUGCUCACCUGACCAGAUUUGUAAUUGCCGGUCAGAUUCGAAUAAUCGAAAUGGUCUCAUUAACAUUGAUGAAUCGUUAAGGCCGUUGCUGAGUACGAAAGAUAUCAGAGUGGAUCUGAUCAUGCCCAAGGACAAUGAGAAGACAUCGUCUAACUUCUUAAAACCACCAGUUCUGAAACUGCCGUCGAAGAAAUGGAGGUCGUGUGACGAAAUUAUUCUACCCAAGGGCUCAAGAAGCUCUUUGAAAGAAUUCUUCACAGGUCUGCUUGGCAAUAAAGGCCACGAAGAUUCAAAAAGAGCCAACAACAUUUCAAUGAGUAGGAUGCCACCAGGAUGUGUCAAAGAGGAGAGUUUGGUAUAAACAACACAGAAAUAUUCUUUGUGACAAUAACUAUGAGAACUCAAAAAGAACCAACAGCAUUUUCUGUGUCUUAGUAAGGAUGCCAAAAAUGUUUUUGUGGAAGGUGAUUAAUGUAGUCAUGAAUCCAAAGGCUGUUUGAUGUUGAUAUGAGAUGGAAUCAAUGUGACUAUGCAAUUAUUAUUUAUAAUUACUUUUUUUUUCUCAAGUGGCCAUUAAUGGAAAAUUUCGCGUCGUAUAAUUUUCAAGUCAAAUGUAUUUAAAGAUUAGAAUUUGAUCAAAUGUGAUGUAUUUACUUUUGUAACCAAAAUCUCCUUAUGUUAGAAUGUUAAAAAUCAGUCUAUCAGUUUACAUAUAAUAUUCAGAAAUAGAAUGAAACAUGUGUUAAUAUCUCAGUAAUCAGAUUUAAAUGUGCUUUAAAAAAGACCUAUUGAAAAUUUCAUGAAUUUUUGGAGAAUAAUUUUGUAUAAAAUUUCAGUAAUGAAUAUUGACACUUGACUGGCCUUGACACUUUUAACCAAUGAAAUAUGUUAGUGUCUUUGUGUUGCCAUUGUAAAUGGUAACAAAAUAAGUGUUUAAAUAGCCAUUUUUAUUUUUAAGUAAGCCAUUAUUAGAAUUUCGAGUAUUCAGAAACUGUUGUUUUAUUCGGUGUGUUAAAAUUUUUGGAGUGCAUCUGAUUUAUUAUGAAAAAAAUAAACUUCUAUUAAUUUAGUUAUAAGAUUUUUUUAAACAAGUUUUACAAUUCUUCCUGAAAAACUAAUUUAUAUUUUGAAUUAAAAUGUAUGUUAAAAAGAUAUAAAUUUUGUUUAUAUCGUCUGAAUAAUAAAUUAAGUUCAUAAUAAUGCAUUUACAUAUAUACUUUGUUUACUUAGGGAAACACAUAUAGUAAAUUUAAUAGUUCUGUCUAUUUGAUUUAUGUUACUACAUUUCAGAUACCUUGUUCGAUUAAAGUAUUAGCCUUGACCUACAUUAAAAACAUCAUAUGCAGACAAUUUAAUUGUGCAUUCUUGAAACAUUUUAGGUUUUAAGUAUGCAAUGAUUUCAUUAUAAUUAAUUGUAUUCUUGAAUAUUUAUCUAUAACAGAAAUAAUGCAUUUACAUUUAAUUAUAUACAUUUACAUGCUGUUUUAUUUUUGAUGUGUCUGUAUUCUUUGCAUGUAAAGUUUAAAUGUUUUGACACUAAUAAUAGCAAUAUUUUUGUAUGAGAUGCUCAUCAUUGAAAACGAUUUCAACAGUUAAUAAAAAAUUACAGAAUUAUUUUGCUUAGUUUUAAGUUUUGAAUACUUAAAUGUGCCUAAGUCGAUGCAGUAUUUUAAGAAUAAUUAAAUUACAAAUUUGAUUUACUUCCAGAAUUUCAAAAGUUUCUAAACAUUUAAAUUAGAAAAUGAAAGUGUUUUUUACUAAAAAAAAAUAAUUAA